AUGUCAGCCUUCGCUUAUCUGGACGAGGCUAGCGAGGAAGGCGUGAUCAAGGUAAAGUCCGCAAACGCCAGGCUUGCCAGGGCUAACGAAGAGCUUAAGCGAAAGUAUGCGGCGGCCACGGAUGAGACGGCCAUGCUCUUGGCCGAGCUCAAGCUGGACUUGGACAACAGGAAGUGGCAUGAGCUCAGGAAGCUGCAGGAGGGUAUCGAUGACGCCUGGCGCGACAUCGAGUCUCUUGCUGCAACGCUUGCCCGCUCAGAGCAGUCGCUCGAGGACAAGACAGGCGCGCUCAACGCGGCUCGCGACGACGUGCACAGGCUGUCCGAGGAGCUCGAAGACAUGCAGCGUGACAACGAACGCCUUGCCGCGGAGCUGCACGAUGCUCACAGAUUGCACACGGCAACCAGACACCGGCUACAGGCCAAAUCGGCCGAAAACGAGCAGCUCAACAGGGAGCUCGCCGACAGCAACAACAGGUGCGCCGACACGACCAACGAACUCCAGCAAACAUCGGCACGGCUCGACGACGCGCUCGGCGACAACAGGCUCCUCGCCGCCGGCCUGGCCGCCGCCGAAGCCUCGGUCCGCGACGCCGCCGCCCGUCUCCAAGCCGCGUCGGCAGCACGCUUCGCCGCCGACGCGGCCCACGCCCGCCUCGCGCUCCAGCUCCGCGACGCCGAAGCCGCGGCGCGCCACGCCAACGCUCGCCUCCGCCGCCGGCACGACGAGGCCGCCGCCCUUGGCGAAGCCCGCGCCACCGCUGCCUCGUGUCUCGUCCCCGCCACCACCGUACGGUGCGAGUCUUUGGCCCUAAAGGCUGCUUUCCGCUGGAUGAGGCUCGUGCACGCCCGCUCUGAAGAGCGCCGCCGUGCCGCUGUUGCUUGCCUCACUCCUGGCGGAGCCCGCCAUCGGCCUUGA